GUUUUUUUUGUCGCCGUUUGUUCUUCAUUCCGGCCUUCUCUACCUCGCUUCUCGCCUCAUAUCAUCCAUCCUCCCUCAGGUUAGUCCUGCCGAAUCCCCCUACAGACAAGUCUGGCGCAUGGUCGUCUCGGUCCCUGACUUGUGUCGCCUGGUGGGAUAAGGGUUUGUGCCAAGUGUUGUACGCUAACGGGACCCCAUGCUGGAAGUUCCUCUAAAGACGUUCGUUCCCAUGCGCCUCCACCAAUUGCGAGCUGCACCUCCACCACCAAAGACGCUCCCCCAGCAGCCCUACAACGUUUCUCCUCUCAGCUGCCCCAUGUCGCUCUGUCUAGUUGCGUCCGCAUCUCGGUUUCCCUCCCCCUUACUUUCCUUUAGCUGCCUAGGUAGGCAACUAGGCGCCGUAGAUAUCGGCUGUCGCUUGAGCGAGUUGGUGAAUUCAUUUUGCUUCUUUUUCUUCUUCUUCUUAUUCCUCCUCCCACACCUCUUCUUAUUUGCCUCUCGCGCUUCCUUCGAUCAUUCUCUUACCGCCCUGCCGUUCGUUUGCUUUCGGCGGUUGACUUACACACACCAAACUUGGCGAUCGACCGCGUUCCACUUGCGGAGCUUACUCCAAACUCCACGGGGGAAAGCAGAACGACACCCGACAUCGACAACCCUGUCCUCGCGACAUGAGAACUCGGUGAACAAUGGCGCAUCACGGAGGCUUUGGCGCGUCCUAUCAACCUCCUGAUGCGACCGAACCCAGGCUCAACCACCGGUUUUCCAACGUGACCGAGGUUAGCGAUUUCGACUGCUACACAUACGAUGGACCCUCGGCUACGAUUCGCGGGAGGGAUUCCCUGGUUUCGCUUCAGUCCUACUCAAACCAUACUUCGCCGUCACUGCACGAGCCACAUGAAUCGGACGAACUCAACGGCCGACCGUCGGCAACCUCGUCGUGGUCUGCGCCUUUCUCGUAUACCGGCGCAGCUGGCUAUGAGUCGUUGCCGCCUUCAUCAGACGCGCCCUCGAGACUAUCCUCACAUGCGUCCCGGAAAGUGGCACGCGCCACCUCGCGACGGGGCCAGGAGACCAUUCCCGAAGAGGAGCACGACCUCUCUCUUUUGCGCUCCGCCGCGCCCUACGGUCACUCGUUGUCGCAGUACGAGUCGGUGCAGGACAACGAGCCCGUUUUCGACGUCACUGCCGCCCUGGGGCCGAUGGGCUACCAAGAUGAGGCCUUUGUCAAAAGAUUGCAGGAACAGGAGGCGAGAGGGCAUCUCACCGGCGGUCUCGGGACUGGCUUCAGACCGGAUACCACGAUUAAGGGCGAGGAUCUUCUGGCAUCGCCCCCAUCGCCAAAGAGAUCCCUUACGCGGUCUUUCACUCGCAGGCAGGGACUGGGUCGUCGGGAGACGAUAAAGAAUCGCGGUCAAGAUGAGGCUAACAAGAGGGGAGAGGUCAUAGAGGUCAUCAUAGAAGAGCCGGCCGACGAACUCCCGCGGCAGCUUGACCAGGUCGAUCUCAGCGUCGUCGCAGGCCCCAGCAUUGCCGGCGACGAUGGCGUCAACAUGCGGCAGGCCACGUUUCCCGUCAACAAGAGCCAAAAGACUCAAAUCUUUUACCCACAGCCCAACUGGAAGCCUUUCUCCAUGAGAUGGCCCUACCUCACAGCGCUCAUCAGCCUGUCCAUCGCUCUGGCCAUCAUGGUAGAGUUCCUCUACCAGAGAUCGCGCACUCACCCGCUGAUCAGUUUCCGGUUUCCGGCCGAGGUCCCGGGGCUCGAGUAUUUUGCCGUCAAGUUCCUGCCGACGAUUCUCUCCGUUACGUACGGUGUUCUGUGGCAGGUCACCGACUUCGAAGUCAAACGUCUUGAGGCCUACUACCAGCUGUCGAAAGAGGGUGGCGCACUCGCAGCUGAGUCUAUCAAUGUCGACUACGUGACCAGCCUCAGCUGGCUGCGGCCUAUCCGAGCCAUCAAGCUGCGGCAUUUUGCUGUCGCCGUCUCAUCCGUCGCGACCUCGCUGGCCGUCUCUCUAGUGCCCACGUUCGGCGCCGCCUCUUUUGUUCUGUAUCCUGACCGGGCCACGCGGCUUGCGCACCCAGACGGCGAGAAGGAGAUCCGCCUUCAGGCUGUGUGGUCGAGGCUGCUCUCGUCGACCCUGUGCGUUUGCGCCUUAUGUGGCUGCAUCCUCUUCUACAUCCUCCAGAAGAGAAGGUCUGGCCUGCUGGCCGACGUUAAGGGCAUCGCGGGCCUCGCGUCGAUGGCCGUCGUCAGCCAUAUCCUCGUCGACUUUGCGGACCUAGACGUCGUGAGCCACCGCGACAUUCACGCUAAGCUCAAGCACCACCGCUACGUUCUCCGAAACGCAUCGCUGGCCCCCGACGACGAGAACCCUGUCUCGUCGCAGGAUACGGACAAAUACCGCGACGACCACCUGUCCCAGAACCCCCAUCCGCGUUCGCUGCGUCUCGACGGGUUUCUGCCGUUCGUCAUCGGCAUCGCCCUCUUUCUGGGCUUCAUCCCGGUUUUCCUCUUCUCCAACGCCAGCAUCAUCACGGCCAAGGCACCGUGGGUCGUGACCGCCUUAGCCGUCUGUAUUAAGCUUGGUUGGGGUGGUCUCGAGACUGACAUGCGGAUGAUGGAGCCCUAUUACAUCUUGUCUAAGAGGCAUUCGCCGGCCAAGACGCUCACCCUAGACUACACGGCCAUGCCGUUCGCCCUGAUGCCGUUCCACGCCUUCCUCAACGGCCACCUCCUUAUGUUUUUGGUCGGGUUCGGCAGCAUGAUGGCCGAGGUGCUGACGGUGCUGCUGACGAGCUUAGCGACUGUUGUGGGCACAGAGUUCCUCGAAGCCGCCUACUCGCCGCCGGAACGGCCCGACGACCCCAAGCUGGGCGGCAUCAACGCGGGCCAGGAGACCGUGGCGUCGUUCUGGGUCUCGUACGGCAUGGCCACCUUCAUCCUGCUGUACAUGGGUACGGUGGCGACGAUCGUGUUCCUCCGCCGGCGGCAUCCGUUCCUGCCGCGGCAGCCCAGCACCAUCUCGUCGCACUUGGCCUUCAUCCACCAGAGCAAGAUGAUUUACGACUUUGUCGGCACGUCCAAGCUCAGCAACGCCGGCAUGGUACGGCACCUCGAGGGGCUUGGCAAGACGUACGGGCUGGGCUGGCUCGAGGGUCGCGACGGGCAAACGCACUGCGGCGUGGACCAGGAGAACCUUCUCGGCUACUACAAGCACGGCAUGGACUUCCAGGGCACCAACAAGCCGUGGAACCAGCAGUGGGAUUCGUAUGAUUGAGGU